AUGUGGAACCCAAACACCAUAGAUAACAGGCAGCUGGAGAAGCGAGUUGUCGUCGGCCGGGUCCGACCAACCUGGGCACGGAACCUGCCAGAGACUAGAGAAGACGAGGAUAAGAAUGAGGAGAUUGGCGUCAUGCCGCAUAGCGAACCCCCGUCGCCGACGGAACCCUGGCAGCAGGGGAAGCAGGAGGAUAAAUAUGACGCUUUUGGGAAGGUGAUGCUGCUCGGCGACAGCGGCGUUGGCAAGACGUGCAUGCUAGUCCGCUUCCGGGACGGCACGUUCCUCGCCGGAAACUACAUAUCCACCGUCGGCAUCGACUUCCGGAACAAGGUAGUCACGGUCGACGGCAUCAAGGUAAAACUUCAGAUUUGGGACACCGCGGGGCAAGAGCGCUUUCGGAGCGUCACGCACGCAUACUACAGAGAUGCACAUGCGUUGCUGCUGCUGUAUGACGUCACGAACAAAACCAGCUUCGACAACAUUCGGGCCUGGCUCGGGGAGAUUCGGGAGUACGCGCAGGAUGAUGUCGUUAUAAUGCUAUUAGGUAACAAAUCCGACAGCGGCCUAGAGCGGGCGGUGAGGCGGGAGGAGGGGCAGCGCCUCGCCAGAGAAUACCAAGUCUCCUUCAUGGAGACCUCGGCGAAAACCGGCCUGAACGUCGAAGCGGCGUUCGCCCACGUAGCGAGGGCGCUCGUGGCGAAGGCGAACCCGGCUGACCCCAACCGGCUCGCUGUACGGGCACCGCCGGUGCAAGAGCAGAGAUCCUCGUGUCCACCUUGUACUUAAGAUUUCUGAAACCAAUUUAGAGCUGUUGUACCUAUAUAACUACGCAAAACUGUGCAUCUAUAAUAAGUCGCCUUUAUCAAGACUUCUGUGGAAACCGGCUUGACCGUCGAAGCGGCGUUCGCCCGCGUAGCGAGGGCGCUCAUGGCGAAGGCGACCCCGGCUGACCCCAACCGGCUCGCUGUACGGGCACCGCCGGUGCAAGAGCAGAGAUCCUCGUGUCCACCUUGUACUUAAGACUUCUGAAACCAAUUUAGAGCUGAUGUGUCUAUAUAACUUCGCAAAACUGCAUCUAUAAUAACUAUAAUAAGACGUCUUUAUCAAGACUUCAUACAAAUCAGUUUAUAGAGAUAAACCGGGCUAGAGAGUUCCUCAUGUCCAAGAUGGUACUCAAGAUUUCUAAAACUUAUUUAGAGAUAAUUUGUCUAUAUUACUUCAGAAAGCGUGUACCUACUCGACUGUGCAUCUUUAGUAAGUCGUUAUAUUUGAGACUUCUGUGUAAAUUGGGCCAUUAAGCAGGACAUCUAGUCACAUUUUCUUUCGUCAAAAAAUCUCACAUGGCAUGACAAGAAUCAUCGACUAAGGACCAGUUGCACCAACCAUACUUGUGAUACUUGACAGACUAAACAUUAACGAUAAACAGAUAAACAUCAUCUAUAAAAAAAUUCAUUGAAAAUUCCCAUGUUACAAUAAAAUUUUGUGAGACUCUUUGGUGCAACCGGGCCAUAAACCACUCGAUAAUUUUUAGCAAUUCGAUUACCAGAUGUUUGUACAGUUCAAAAACCAAACAUUAAGUAAAUCUUAGUUGAAAUGAGACGAUUUGGAAUGAACAUUUGGGACGUAUAUAAUUAACAAUAUUCUUACUUUCUUUAAGUAUAAAGAAUAUUUAAAAUGUGGAGGUACAAAAAUAUGGAAAUAGGUACGGUCGACACAUCAAUCAUAUACCUAAAUAUCGACUACAUAUAAGGCGGUUGGCAACUUGUCACACUGUCGCCGCAUCUGGAUACCUACCGCAUCUGUGUGAGAACCGCCUAAAACCUUCCGCAAAGCUAUAGUUCGUUUUUAACUUUAGAAAUAUGGUAAGCGAUCUUGACGUGCCUUUUUAAAUAACACUUGUAAGAAAUAAGACAGAGCAAAUAUGUAACAAUUAUAAAUCAUAUAAUUUACAUUCUUUUGUUUUCAUAAGUAAUAUAAACUAUUUUUUAAGAGCUUUUCCAAUAAUUUUCUCUCGAAAAACCCGUCAAGAUUGUUUACCGUUUUUCCAAUGCCAAAAAAAGGAACAAAAGAGUCCGUACUAACGCUGCACCAGUGGGUGUUUCAUUAUAACGUCAUAUUUUCAUAGUAAUUUUGACAUUUAUGAUGACAUUCCCACACUUUAUCACUAUAAAUGUCACGCAGAGUUCGCUUGGUCCGAGCAAAUUUAAUUGUUAGUACUUUCUAUUUGAAAGGCUGAAAUGCACAAUGUACAUAAUAACUCAACAUAUAAUGUUCUUAUUAAGUAUUACUUGAAUAUAUAAUAUAUAUCAAAUUGUUUGUAGCAGAUAAUGUAUAUUUAUUUGGAUGUGUGUUAAAUAUUGCAUUUUUGCAUAGACAAGCAUAAUUUUUAGCUUACUCUUGCAGUAUUAAAUCUAUUUA